AUCUGUUUUGACAGAGGCUCUUCCCUUCCUCAACUUUGCCCUUCUUUGGCAUUAGCUUAGCCUAAGCAUACUCAACACAACCAAAACCUAUAUAUAUAUAUAAGCUUUUCUUUCAAGUCUUCCAAUAUACCAAAAGCGAUGGAUGCAAAGAUCCGAGGCUUCUUCGAUUCCGUUGGCUCCUUCUUCUCCGGCGGCGAUCAGAUCCCCUGGUGCGACCAUGACAUCAUCCUUGGCUGCGAGAGAGAAGCUGUGGAAGCUGCUAAAGGUGACUCAGAUGAACUCAAGAGUGAUAGCAUUAUGAGGUUGUCAUGGGCUCUCGUUCACUCCAAACGAUCAGAAGAUGUGCAGCGUGGAAUUGCUAUGCUUGAAGCAUCAUUAGCCAAUGUUAGCUCCCCUUUGCAACAGAGGGAGAAGGUUUAUCUACUGGCUGUUGGAUAUUACAGAAGUGGUGAAUUUUCAAGGAGCCGACAACUUGUGGAUCAAUGUUUGGAGGUUGCACCGGAUUGGAGGCAAGCUCUGGUCCUCAAGAAGACAAUUGAAGAUCGAAUUGCUAGAGAUGGUGUUAUUGGAAUAGGCAUCACUGCUACUGCUGUUGGACUCCUAGCUGGUGGAAUUGCUGCAGCACUGUCUCGCAAGAAAUGAUGAAUAUCAAUCCCAACAAUGUGCAUAUGAACAUGCUUCCAUACUGUGUCACUUUUGUCAUCCCCAACUUUUUUUUUUUUUUUUUACUAAAGCAGUGCUCUAAAUAAUCGCAUAUGAUAUAAGUGUAGCAUCACUUGUCAAAUUUUAUACAUCAGCCAAAUACUUUUUGCAUCCUUGACAAAUAGGCUUUAGAAUUAUGUGAAUGUGUAGAAUGUGCUGGGAAAGACUUAAUUAUAUGGUCAUUUUUGUGAA